AUGUUCAAACUUCAAGCUCUCCUCCGUCACUCUUCCCGAACGGCACAAUCCUCACAACAACACCGGCGGUUCAUCGAAAAUGCUCGCGUGUACACUCUGUCACAAUCGCAAGUCUCGACGUCAAUCGGACCCGACUUGGUCCGCAGACAAGCUGACUCCCCCCAGGUCCGCUGUGAAGCUGACGACGAAUCAAACGGCUGUGUAACAUGCAAGGCUGCUGGAGUUGAGUGCAUUCCGCGCUCUAGGAAGCGUCGUCGCGCAGGAACAGCUUUAAUCACUCGACAAAGCAAUGAUAAUGGUAGCCCAAAUGACGGAAAUGACAACCGCCAGAGCGUUUCACAGGCGCCUGGAGUAGGCAUAGAGAUACCGGUGGAACAACCCGUGUAUCAGACCCCAUCCACGAGUCACGACACCACCUACAUUGGAAGAGGCCACUAUGUUGCAGACGACGAUGAGAUCGAUGAGUCGAGUGCUCGUGCAUUCGAGCCGGCAAAGAUUAAGGUCGGCCCUCAUGCCAAUACGCAAAAGGAAACAUUGGUUCUAUGGAAAGCUUUCGAUAUACCACCCCAAGCAGCGCGCCAAAGUCUGCUCAGUGCCUUUUUGGACUAUUGUAACCUAUGGACGCCUGUGCUAGAGCCGAAAGACAUUCAAGACCUUUCAUGUUUUGACCAAGAAGAGAGCUCGAUGCUCUUGGCGCAAUCGUUAUGGCUGGCAGGUAGUCGAGUCACGAACGCACCUUCAGUGGUUGCCUUUGCAUCGUCUGACGACUUCUAUCACAGAGCCAAAGCAGUCUUCUGGUCUGGGGUAGAGGCAGAUGGUCUAUCUGCCAUCAAGGCAUCACUGAUGCUCCAAUGGUACAACCCACAGGCUCCUGAACACAUUUCGUUUGACAACAGUGGUUUCUGGCUCAAGAUUGGAGUUGGCAUCGCCCAUCAGAUCGGUCUUCACAGGGAAUCCCCUCUAGGGCCAUCUAGGGCAAUUCGACGGAGACUGUGGUGGAGUUUGGUGGUUCGUGACUCGUUAAUCUCAGUCGCGCAUGGCAGACCACGAAUCAUCAAUCUCGACGAUAGCGAUGUCCAGGCCCCGAUAGCGAGCGACUUCCCCGACUCCCUCUUCGCAUUCCAACUAUUCUCAUCCUGGGUGAGUAUCUGCCAGAUACUUGGAGAUAUCUCGUCUUGCUGCAUGAGACGGCACAUGUCACGAACAAAAAGGCUCUACAUCGUGAAUGCCUUGUGCUGCUGGACAACGAGUCUGCCUCAAGAACUCUGGGUUGCGCCCAGCAAUCAACCACCUCACAGCUAUUUCGCAAACAGCCACAACUUUCCGGCGCGUCAGCUGUAUCUACCAUACUUCACCAGUUUAAUUGUGCUCUCUCGAAUGCAACACUCGGCUGGAUCGCUAUCAGUGGUUGCGACGUUGGCUGCAUCGUUUGUGGCCCGCAUUUUUGAAGAUUUCCUGGCCAGGGACGAGAUCAAAGUUCUGGCACCGAUCAGUACUCGGUAUUGUCUCAUUUCAAGCAUGGCUCUAGUGUCAGUCAUGCCUGAUAAGCGACUGUGGGAUGCUGUGCAGCCAGAUCUGGACGUAUUACAGCUUGCCCUCACGGAACUAUCGAAGCGUUGGCGAUCGGCAAUUGGGGCUUCUAGAGCUCUCCAAAAUGCUAUCAAGAAGAGGCAGCAACGUAUGGGUAAUUCUACAGCUACGUUGCGGAUGGAUAAUCAGAAUUCCCUAGAAUACUUCAAGAUGAUAGACCUUGGCUAUUGCCGCAUAUGGAGUACUCUGAGCCAGCAACUGUCCUCAAGCCCGCUGGAUAUCCAACAACAAAUGCCACAGCCAAUGCAACCACUCGGCGACGCGUUGGAGACUAAUUACGAGCAGUUCAUGGAUCCUGGAGAUGAGUUUGACAUGGGGACCAUUCAAUUCGAGCAUGUAGAAAAUUGGAUUCUCAAUGAUGGGUUUUUGUUUGAUCCUUAG